AUCGACAUGAUGCGGACAUCUCAUGUGCAAGCCUCAUGAGCCCACCCAUUGAUUUUGGACUGUCAAAACCACGGUCAAUAUCAAUGCCGAACCUUGGGACCAUAACAAAAAUCGCAAAAUCAUCAAGCUAAGGAGGUCUACUAGCUAGGUUCAAGUUUAAUCUUUUGUACUAACAAAACAAGCAAUAGGUCAUCCCUUCCAACGUGAUAAACCUGCCAACGAGGUUGAGAACCAGUGUUAUCAAAUCUGACAGGUCAAGGGGUAUAACACCGUCCAGAGUAGUACCACAUCGUGAUCUGUAUCAAAUCCACUGACAUGGGACAAUUGACCACAUGACUUAAAUAUAAAGGUCUAUCUUUAAAUAGGGGAAACAUCACCAUGCUGCCAGUGUGGCGCACUAGCAACUCUUCAAGUUGGAUUUCAAGUUUCUCGUACUACAAUGUCGUUUGAUUACGAAGACGAGUUACUCGUUUGUGUUACCUGUGGCACGCAGUUCGAUGUUACCGCUGGACUAAAGAGCUGCCAUAUAUGUGACGACCCACGACAAUAUGUUCCACCUACUGGGCAGUCGUUCACGCGUCUUUCCGAUGCGCGUAGAAGCCAGAAGCAUAAGAACGAGAUAACUCAGCCUUACAUUGACGAGCCACGCAUUUGGACAAUUAAUACGGUAUCCAAGCUUGGCAUUGGCCAGCGGGCGUUUUUGAUCAAGACACAGCAUGGUAAUGUCCUUUGGGACGAUGUAGCUUACAUAGACCAUGAAACUGUCGAAAAGAUCAACGAGUUGGGUGGAAUUGAUGCAAUCGUCAUUUCCCAUCCCCAUUUUUAUACUACUCAUCUAACAUGGUCUCGAGCAUUCAACGAUGCCCCUGUUUACCUGGCGUCUGACGAUGAAGAAUGGCUCGCACGCUCUGACACACGCUGUGUACGUCGAUUUGUCGAUACUCCCGUAAAGGAGGUUCUGCCAGGUGUGACGGCGAUCAAGGUCGGGGGGCACUUCCCAGGUAGCAUGGUUCUACAUUGGGAGAACCGCUUAUUUGUGGCGGAUAGCAUCCAAGUCGCCCCUUCUGCUUUAUACGACGUCGACCGUCAGGAAGGCACAGUGUCGUUUGGGUUUUUAUGGAGUUAUCCGAAUAUGAUUCCUUUAUCCCCUGCUGCUAUCAGCCAUAUUGUUAAGGCUAUUCAGCCUUUCUCCUUUGACAUUGCCCAUGGUAUGAUACCUGGGGCGGAAGUCAAGCGCAAUGCCAAGGCGAAGGUCAUUGAAAGUGCUAGAACGAUUAUUUCAGCGAUGGGAUACCGAUGGGAAGAAUAUGUUUGAUAUAUCAUUGCAAUCUGCGAGUCAUUGACUUGUAUGACAUUUCGCUCUCCUUCGGUUGAGAGGACAAGGAUUAAAUACGUAGGCAAUUAAUUGUGAUAUCGGGCCCGGUGAACUUGUUGUUUCAAACUC